ACGCAAGUUUUGCAAUGCAAUAGAGUAAUCUCCACCUUUCAAAGGAGGCAGGUCCCGGGCAUUGAAGUUAACCUGGCUGGCUGCCCCGACUCGAACAAGCAACAUUGACUAGCACGCUAGCAGACUGAAUAGCAGAAGGGCCAGUGAAAAAUCAAGUGUCUCUUCAUGAGCCGGAGAAAUCAGAUGACCACGUGACAGCUCAGCUCAACUUUUUAAAAAAUUUUUAAGCAGAAAGUAUAUGUUUCGGAGAUCAGUACCAUGGAUGGGAAAAUGGUUCCAGAGCAAGCAAAAGUCAACGCUAAUCCACCUUUCUUGGACAAAAGCCAUGGGUUGCAUUCUGUGAAAAGAUUCACCCUCUCUGUUUCAAAGCUAAAGAUAUUUCUUGGGGCUCUAGCAUUUUCCUUUUUCGCCAAAGGACUCUCAGGAAGCUACAUGAAGAGUAUGACAACUCAGAUUGAAAGGAGGUUUGACAUUUCCUCAUCCAUAGUUGGCUUGAUUGAUGGAAGUUUUGAGAUAGGAAACUUAAUGGUAUUGAUCCUGGUGAGUUACCUUGGCUCAAAAGUCCAUCGUCCAAAGGUCAUUGCGAUUGGGUGUGUCAUCAUGGCUGUUGGAGCAUUUAUUUCUGUGGCUCCUCACUUCAUAAUGGGGCGUUAUAAUUACAAAAGCAUUGCCAUUUCGGUGCACAAUUCUUCUACAAGUACAGCAGCCUGCCUGCCCACUUUGUCUCCUCACCCUGCCGCAGAUAACAUGGGAAUCUAUGGAAAUGCAACUACUCUUGGGUGUGGAAAACACAGAGCUUCCUACCUCUGGCUGUUUGUUCUCGUCGGGAACCUUUUACGCGGAAUUGGCGAAGCUCCUAUUAUGCCUCUGGGCCUCUCAUACAUUGACGAUUUUUCCAGAGAAGAAAACUCAGCCUUUUAUAUAGGAGCUGUAAGAUCAAUCGGGUUGUUUGGACCAACUCUUGGAUUUCUUCUUGGAGCCUUCUGUGCUAAUAUGUGGGUUGACAUUGGAAAGGUAGAUGCCGAUUCGUUGAUGAUAAAUUCUAAGGAUAUCCGUUGGGUUGGAGCCUGGUGGCUUGGAAUAUUGAUAUGUGGAGCUGCCAGCUUUUUGGCCUCUUUGCCUUUCUGGUUCCUGCCUCGCUCUUUGCCAAAAGAAGGAGGAGAAAGAAACAUUCAGGCGAUGCCGAGUGACAUCUAUGCGAUCACCCAAGAUAACCACGUUAAAACAGAGGGACGAACGCAACCACCACUGAAAGUUUUGUCAGCAGUAAAAGAUUUCUUCCUCACUGUGAAGAAACUCCUUGGAAAUGUUGUCUUCAUGGUCUUUUUGCUUCUCAACGUCCUACAAUACAAUGUUAUUGUUGGCUCAACUAGUUAUGAACCGAAGUAUAUGGAGCAGCAAUUUAACAUAUCUGUUUCAAAUGCCAUCUUUUUUAUUGGCAUCGUUCUUCUGCCCUUUGCAACCGUGGGGAUGUUCUUAGGAAGUUUUCUCAUCAAGAGGUUCAAGAUGGGCAUAAAAGGGAUGGCAAAAUUUGCGUGCAUCACCUUUGCGGUCUCCUACUGCUUCAACCUGCUUUACUUCAUAGCCAACUGUGAACCACUCCAGGUGGCUGGUUUGACUGUCAACUACGCCGGCAUAAAGCAACCAUCCUUCUCCCAAGAAAACCUCAUAUCCUCCUGCAAUUCUGACUGCAACUGUGAGGCCAACCAUUGGGACCCCGUCUGUGGAGACAACGGAGUCACCUACAUGAGUGCAUGUCUGGCAGGGUGCAAGACUUCACUGGGAACGGGAAAGGACACAGUAUUUCACAACUGUAGUUGUGUUGGAGUUUCUGGACACGGCAAUUUAUCUGCAAUUUUGGGCCAGUGUCCAAGGGAGAAAUGUUCAAAAAUGUACCCGUACUUUUUAGCAGUUUUGGCCAUCAGUGUGGUGUCCUUGUGUCUUGGAGCAACAUCUUUAUACAUGAUUAUGUUCAGAGUCGUUUCACCAGACUUAAAAUCUUUUGGUGUUGGAAUUGAAACUUUUUGUGGAAGAAUAUUUGGGGGACUUCCAGCACCUAUUUAUUUUGGAGCAUUGAUUGACAGAACCUGCUUGAAGUGGGGUGUGAAACCCUGUGGUGGGUCAGGGGCUUGCAGGGUUUAUGACACAAACGCAUUCAGAAAUAUUUAUCUCGGACUCAACGCUGCUCUGAAAGGGGGAAGCUUCAUCCUAUAUGUUGUCCUUUUAAUUUUAAUUUUGAAGCGAGUCAGACAGGACAACGGUAUGGGAAAGGUUUCCCAAAGCACUGAGAAACUUUCUAUGAAGAUACCAGCAACGGGUCCAGGGGAGCCUUCUUCCACGGAGACAUCAGUAUACGAAGACACCUUCUUGUGAGAACAGCUGCUGCCUGGAAUACUCGGAGCACAUAGGCCCCGAUCCAGGCAUUUCUAGAUCCUGUUAUUUCUGCACAUCUUGAUACUCCAAGGCUCAGACAAAUCAGGAGAAGGAACUGCACCAGUUACCCAUUCUGGAAGAGAGGGAAGCUUGGGACUGGUUCCUCACCCAAACUGGUGGUCAAUGCUCUCACCAAUGAUCAGACUGCUGAUUGGCUCCUGCCUUCCGGCUGCUGGUUGGCUGGGUCUUUGAUGAGUCAAACAGAAAAAGAAAAAGCACGGCCUCUGUUUGCAAAUGCAGAAGCGGCACUUCACCCGCAGCCAAACUGCAUUCUGAAAACAUUCGCCUUCCAGUUUCAUUUCUCCCGCGUGAUCUUUAUUUUUGCUGCCUCCCAAAUCACACUUUUCCAUGUUAUUUUUGCACCGGUGCGUAAAACUAGGUUUUAAAAUGGCACAACUCCACCCAAAGCAUCGAUGACAAAGAUAACAAUGAGGUGAAACAAAACUAUGAACAAUGAGAACGGCAUCCAAUGAAUCAAAAUGUAGUGAAAAUGGUGGUAUGACUCAAUUCUCGCUUCCUGUCCAUACGUAGACAGAAGCUUACAAUAAAAGGAGGCACCCAUCUAAAAUAUUCAUUUAUCAAAACAUUGAAGUAUGGCCACAAAAGAUGUGAAAUAUUUAUUUAUUUUUUAGCAGUCUAAAGAUCUGAUGGCAUAUAGGUAUGUGUAUGCCAUUAAAUAGCAACCAGCUUACGGUGACCCCAGGAAGAGACUUUCAAGUCAAGAAAUGAGCAGAAGUGGUUUGCCAUUGCCUUCCUCUGUAGAGCAACCCCGGGCUUCCUUGGUGAUCUCCCAUCCAAGUACAGACCCUGAUGAGUUUCCAGGGGUAGAAAUACACAUUAAGAAGUACCUAAGAAUGCUCAAGUGAACCUCCUUUCACAUGUCCCCAUCCAAUUUCCCAUGCUCUCACGCACACAGUCAUACUUCAGUUUGCUCUGUGUGAGUACACUCACCCCUUGGAUAUCAGUUCCUCUUCAACUACUAAAAGUAUCCCAGGCUGCUUACAAUUGCCAGAUUCCCAGUUUCCUCCACCUCCCACAUCCAUUCAUUGAAAUGCAGAUCUUGACACUUUCUCACACCUUAAAGAUAUGCAGAUGGGCAAGUCAGAGAAGUCUAAAGGGCUUGCUCUACAGUGCCCAUCCCUGAGAGUUCUAAUUGCAAAAACAGAGCUGAAUUGGAGCUCGGUCCUCUUGCAAAUGCAAACACACAAAUAGUAACAACAACAUUCAAUUUAUAUACCACCCUUCAGGACAACUUAACACCCACUCAGAGCAUUUUACAAACUGUCUUAUCACAGCAAUCACUCUGUGAGAUGGAUGGCGCUGGGAGAGCUCCAAGAAGCUGUGACUGACCCAAGGUCUCCCAGCUGACUUCAAGCGGAGGAGUGGGGAAUCAAACCUGGCUCUCCAGAUUAGAGUCCUGCUGCUCUUAACCACUACACCAAACUGGCUUCCGUGAAAGUGGCAUGCAUGUAUGCCAAGCAAGACACAGCCUGAGGAUCACACAUAAAAACCUGCACUUGAGCAUCCCAAGGUAAUUCGCAAUGUGCAUUUCCACUCCAACAGCUGAUGAGAUUCGGCUAUACCAUGCCAUUACACCUCGAUCUGAUGGUAGGCAUAUUAAAAAACCUGUUUGUUUUGUUGGAGUUUUUUGCUUGCCUCAACACAGAUUUCCAUGAAAAUGAAGCACUUCUGAUACCUUUCCAUUUACAAACAAUUUCCAGAGAGGCAUGUGUCCUGUCAUUGUUAUAUUUAUGUUAAAAUGUACCGCCUGCUUUCUCCAGUCGUUCUGAAUCUGAACAACUUACAUACCUGGAGGGAUUUAUUGUUGAAGGCUUUCACGGCCGGAGAACGAUGGUUGUUGUGGGUUUUCCGGGCUGUAUUGCCGUGGUCUUGGCAUUGUAGUUCCUGACGUUUCACCUGCAGCUGUGGCUGGC